AUGCAGCUUCGCCUCCAACAGAGCAUCUUCCGGCAGACUGCUUAUCGGAAUUCCCGCAGUAGGCGUGCACGCUUUGUGUUGCACCUAGUGGAGUACAGGGUGAGACGCCGGAGAGGCGCCCCAAUGCCACACCCCGAUGCCGUGUACACGGCCCUCGCCCGGGGCAGGGCAAGGCAUAACCCGCGCAGGGUCUCCCUCUUCCGCCCUCAAAAACAACGAAAUCGCUGCCAAGCGGAGCAGGCGUUGGCUCGCUGCCCCGAUGUGGGCAAACGGUGUGGGCACCGCUCAUGCUCCGGCUGCUCUGUAACGUGGCCCCCCAAAAGGGCGGGAAAGCGUUCCGUAGUGACCGGGGCACCUCCUGUACCAACGAGGGAGCGCUUCGUCAGAGCCAACGUUGACCUCCACGAAGUGCUUGUUGGCCCACUCUGCCGCGACAUUCAGGCCUCUCCUGCGGAGCUGAGUGGAGGACACACCUAUCGCUGUGGCGCGUGGUGGGGGCGCUGCCAUCGGCGAAGGCGCCAUGACGGACAAAAGCGCUGCAGCAAGAUGAGCACUGAGUAA